CUUUAGGUAAGGCUAUAAUAACGAGGGUGCGUAUAUGUGUUAUAUGGUGGUUGUGCAAUUGGUCAUUGAUACCGUUGGCACCUUGUGAUCUAAUAUCCCACCGUACGCCUUGUCUGCCACUGGGACUGUGCUGCCAGUCCACAUCUUUUCCGCAUCCUGCAUCUGUGGCAUGGAAUUUCCCCAAAAGAGGCCGCCCAAAAACCACAAAGCGACAACGCGGAAGACCAGAGACCCACAGUAUUUGACAAGUGGCACCAUACCGUCGAUCUCGAGGUUGUCAAGCGCGCGGCUCGAAGAGUCAUUGUCGAGCCCGUAACCUGGUACUUCACAGGAGGCGACGACUGUCCUAUGCCCCGCGAUCAGGAUGAAAACCCCGGCUGGACCAUGUUCCCAGACUUCACCUACGCCCUUGAUAGCAUCGCCGAGCUGUCUAACCUCAACGCCGUCGAGGUCCACUUCGACAGGUUUGACCAGCCCGAUUACUGGGGAUCUCUUGAAGAGUCCUUUCUUAUGCGCCAGGAGAGCCUGUGGAAAGUCUUCCACGCCAUCGAAGCGCGCAAGCUGGGCGGACAAGAGAAAAGCACCGUCACCUGUCUGGCAUUGAGUAAUCUCCAAAACGUCUACGACAAGGAGUUAGAGGCCUCUAGCCUCUUUCAGAGCGUCAUCGAGGACAUUCGGCAGCUACAUCUUCACGUAAAUACUGAAGUUGAUGAAUAUGGGCCCGAGUAUGAUCUCCAUAACGACCAUCUCGACUGGAUAUUGCGCAUGCCAGUUCUCAAGGCUUUAUAUCUUUCCGAGACCAGGAUCAUGACGCACGCAUCUUUCACCGAGAGUUUCAUUCUGGGUAUGACCCCAGUGACCCACGACUGGGAGCGGCUUCCAUUCGGCGCCUACGGCUUCCAGAGCCGGAACGAUGCAGUCUUCACGUACCACGGGCGCUGGCACUAUUUCUUCGGUCGUAUCAAGUCAGAGCUCAAGACACUGGUUGAUUUUCGCAUCGCUUGGGGCAAGUCUGUGAGUUUAGGUGGGGACGCAGUUCCUUGGACCAGGGAACCAAGGUUAGCGAUCGAACCGGAGUUGUCGAUCAGUCGCUACAUGGUCUUUAACGAAUCGAGGGGUUUCUCAGGCCCUGGGAUAUACCCGAUGCGGAACGGCGAGAUGUACUUUGGCAACGGCAACCCAGAUCCUCAACCAUUGCAGCAGGAUUCACGGCCAAUCGAUAACAGUGGUGUGCCCCCGGCCAACCUUGCGGAGAUGCACGAGGUCGAUGACAAGCAGGCUCUCCAGGAUCUGCUACAGGCGACGUUCGCACGGCGAUUGUGAAUUGCCUGGAUGGGUUUGACUUGUCAACAAGGCGAAGUGGUUUAUGUGUCCGUCUAGACAAAUUUGCGCCGUGUGAAGCGAGUUGGUUGUGGUCACUGAAAAUGACGAUGCACAAGAAUGGAGGU